GGAUGUGACAAUUAACGUUUAACGCGAGUACGGUAGUUCCGGUGUAACCAUGGGCCGGCGUCCCAGUUGCUAUUUGCCGUUUGCUGCGCAUUUCUUAUCUUUUUUACCAUGACUGGAGAGCUUCGGUGAAUGAAAUUUUUGAGGAGGAAAGAGUAAAUGUGGUUUAUAGUUAUGUGGAAACAUCUGGACUUAUAUCAUGGCUGAUCGAAAGGAAAAUAAAGAUUCUACCAUUGUCAAGGGAGGAAAAAGAUAUUGUUUACUCUGUUCCAACUAUGGAGGCAAAAUUUGUGAAGAUGGUACAGUGAUAAAGCUACAUUGCAUUCCAUCCGGUGAUAGCACAGAUCAAAAGUCAAGGCGAUCUUUAUGGAUUCAGAAAAUUAAACUUGUGCGACCAGACUCUCCUAUCAGUUCUAACUCUAGGCUAUGUAAUUUACACUUUGAAAACAAUAUAUGUAAACAGGGAUCUAUUCCAACUAAACUAAAUCUGGCUACACCGAGGAAAAUAGUGUUACCUCGCAGACCUUUAGUGCGCCAUUCUGAGGUUGAGAACACUGAAAACAUUACCUGUGAGGAUACCUCUUGUAUCAGUAUCAGUUCUUUGUCCUUAAAAGAGAGUAAGGAAACACAAACGGAUCAUAUAGCUGGAGAGACUGUUUAUGUUCAGACAUCAGAAGUAAAUGCAAAUGAUAAUGCAACACAGACACCGUUGAAUGACAAUUCAAAAUGUAUGAAGUCGUCUGCAUCACAGACAUUUGUACCAAUUUUCAAGCCAGAGGCAAUUGAAAAUGAUGAUGAAAAGACUAGAUACUAUACAGGGUAUCCAAAUUAUGCAACAUUUCUACUCUUUUUUACUACUUUCUGUAAGUAUGGAGCAGAAAAGUUAACAUACUGGGAAGGGGGGAAAAGAACUACACUACAUGCAGAAAACAGGAAAUAUUCUCACCCAAAUACGGAAAAACCAGGGAAGAAAAGGAGUCUACGACCAGUUGAUGAGUUUUUUAUGGUGUGUUUGAAGUUGAGACAUGGUCUUCGGCAAGAGUUUCUAGCAGAUUUGUUCUGUGUUUCCGUUAUGACAGUUUCCAGAACCAUAAAUACAUGGAUUAACUUUAUGUUUGACCACAUGCAGUCACUAAUACCAUGGCCAUCAAGAGAACAAAUUUUAAGCAAUUUGCCAAAGCAUUUUACAGAAAUGACGCAAGUCCGUAUAGUUAUAGAUGCAACAGAAUUCUUUUGUGAGAAACCAGGUAACUUAGAGGCUCAAUUUCUUACAUGGAGUGAAUACAAACACCAUAACACUUUCAAAGUUUUAAUUGGAGUUGCACCAAAUGGUUUGGUAACAUUUGUGUCAAGAAUUUGGGGAGGGCAUGCAUCAGAUAGGCAUAUAGUACAAAAGGAUGGUGACCUCUUCUUACCAAAGUUAGAACCUGGAGAUGUCAUACUUGCAGACAAAGGCUUCACAGUUGGGGAUUUACUUCCUGCACAUAUAGGUCUAAAUAUGCCACCAUUUGUAUCAUCUAGUUGUCAGAUGAGUGUACAGGAGUUUUUUAAAACACAACAAAUAGCUGCUCCUAGGAUUGUUGUUGAAAUGAAAAUGGAACAAAUCAAAAACUUCAAGAUAUUACAGUCUGUGCUACCAAUUAAUGAAGUUCAUUUAGCUGAACAAAUAAUAAUGAUAUGUUGUGCCAUGACAAACUUGUACGAACCCUUACUGAAGUGAAUUAAGCUGUCUGCAGUACUACUACUAGUGUCCUUAAUAUAUAUAUUUAACAGUUCUAGAUUAAUAUUACUACACAUCUUUUAGAUUUAUAUUGGUUUAAUGAUUUGUUUUACUUCCUGUUAAUAGCCAGGGUCAUUUAAGGAUGUACCAUGCUCAGAACUAUAGGAUGACUCUCUUUAUCAAUACUCUAGAUCUUGUGGCAUGACACCAUGUCAGUCAUACUGUACUAUAUAGAUACGAUUGGUACAUGCACUGUUAAAUUGUAUGCAAGUACAUGUACUUAAAUUUGCACACAAUAUUGAAUUAUGUGUGAUUUCUUUCGUAAUUUGUUCAUUAUUUUAAGCAAUUGAUGGAUAUAUAUUGUCUAUUUCAAAAAUAUAUUAAUCAUACAGAAAGUGAUUCAAAUUUUAACAAACAACCUGCUGU